GUCGCACCGCAAUCGGCAUCGCCAAUCGCCGACAAGUCAGACGUGCCGGAGCUCGCCAAAAAAUUGCCGAAAAAACUUAAUCGGAGGGGCUGCACGCUGGUGUGAGUCCCCAAAUAAACGUAGGAAGGUCCGGCAAAUUCAUUUUUCCCCAGCAAGAACGAACGAGCGCCACUUUUGUGGGUGGAUCGAGGCAAAAUCGUCGUCAUCGUCAUGGCUCAAUUAGAGCUCGACCCGCUGUUCCUCAAGGCCCUGCGACUGCUACACUCGAAAGCCAAGGACUCGGCUGAGCAGCUGCGGCAGCUCAUCGAAGACACGCUCGUGCAACGCCAAGGCGCCAGUGGGGGCUCUACGGGGAGGGAUACCAAGACGCUGCUCACCACCAUCAAGCUGGAGAAUGAUGGCAAGGCACACCUUUUGGCACGGCGGCAGUCGCCAAAGCAGGAGCCCGGAACUGGCAACAAUGGAGGUCCGCCCGCCUUGUCGGCCAUCCGAAGCCUAUCCAGCGAUGAGCCAAGACGGAAAGACCCACCACCUCUAGAGUGCAAGCCACCUCCUCUUCCUGUCUUGGCGACAAAGGCGGAUACCCCAUCGCCCGUCUUAGAGGUGAGUGGUUUGUUAGAAGCCAAACGUGCCCGCACGGAGUCGCCACAACUAGCCUCAUCCCAGUCUGCAUCGCCAGCUAGUCGUCUCGCCUCAUCCUCAUCCCCGGACUCAAGCAGCGACGGAGAUGACUUCACCGUCGACAUGGGUCAAGUCUGUGUGAUGUGCAACCAACAGGACGUAACUGCCAAGAACCAGCUGAUCGAGUGCCAAGAGUGCCACUGCCUCUAUCACCAGGAGUGCCAUAGGCCGCCAGCUACCGACUAUGAUGUCAACGACCCUCGCCUCGUCUGGUACUGCGCCAGGUGUACGAAAAACAUGAAGAAAAUGACCAUCAAGCCUCCAAAGCCAGCAUCGAAGGUACCCUUUGGGGUUCCACGAGAGCUGACGCCACCAAGCAAACCAGACACGCCUCCACCACUGACAUCUCAGCCAUUCAAGCGCGCCGAGUUGAAGGUUCCUGCACUGUCUUCCUCUGCUGGCCCAAAUAAGCCCAUCGGACUCGCUGGCCUCGCCGCCAACCUGAGCAAACCGAAGCCGCUGAAGCCGAUGGGUUCCACCGCGCAGCCACAGAAGCCGCUGCCCACCGCAUUCCAGAAUCUCUCAAGCCUAGCCGCAGCUGCCACCGCCAUAAAGUCCGGUUCCUCCUCUGCCGGAUCCUCCAGAGGAAAUAACGGAGGCAAUGGCAAUUCCUCAUCAUCGAGCUCCUCCGGCCCGUCGCCGCCGGCACUCGUCCCCGUGAGCACUGCAGGUGGCAAUGGGAAGUCGGCAUCCUCAUCUCUACUUAUGUCUGCGGACAAGCGGCUGCAAAUAAUGAAGAAGAAAGCCGCAGCAAAGAUGCAGGAAAAGCGACGAGUAACGUCGAAGUAGUGCAAUUUAUUUUUUGUUUUUUUUGCCCCCCUCUCGUCUUCUCUCUCAGCGGCUGGCUCCGGAGUACGGUUUGCGCGGGACGCUGUAUUGACUCGAUAGUGUCAACCCCGGUACUGCAUUGAUUUAAAAGCGCCACACGUCUGGAACUUCUGGCCAAAUGGGACAUCAUAAGACUAUGUGUCAUCCGUUCUUUGGCUUGAUGGAUUAUAUGACAAAUUGUAUUUUUUGUUUGCUUGAUCUCUAGCCACAUUGCGACCGCCUUGCCAAUCGGACACGACAGCAAGGCAAGUGAACUUAAGGUACUGCGCCGACAGUGUAGCCUGUUGCGUGGAGCGUCGUGGAACAUUCAUGUUGACGCAAGAAGCAAGUUUGAACUAGCGAGAAUGUCAUGCUGCAUUUAAUGACGCUUGCUGCUUGAAGUGUCAAGAUUUGUGCACCUUAUUGUGCGCUCUUGUUUAUAGCAGGUGCCUGGUAAAUUCGUAAUGAGCACUGACUGAUAUAAUAUUGUAUACCAUACGGUUCCCGAAAAAAGACUGAUUUCCAAUAAUUCAUGACUGCGCUGGAUCUGUCCCCAUACAACUGUGGCAAGUUGCAUGUCUUUUGUGCAGUUUUUAUUGUGAAGAGCUGCCACAGAUGUACAUGUGUCGAGCACGUGUCCAGCACGAUGCAUGUUCCAAGUCUGUGAUUGUAAAUACUUUCUCCAUUCUGAAGCAAACGGUAAUUGCUGUAUUUGGAGGCCAUCAUUGGACUGCAUCUGGAGCGUGGGUGACAGUGUGAUUACAUCACUUGGUCAAAAGAGUUCAAUGGUACUUCAUCUGGUGGGGAAGGUACCACAUAAGAUGGUUAAGUUUUGAAGUUUUAAUCACCACAAGACCUUGCUUGAACCACCUUAGCCCUAUGAGCCGCAAAAUGUCUUGGUGAUUUCAAAGACUGCUUCGAGGUUGUCAGUUCAGUCCUGCCCAAUUCAGUGUGUUUGGCAGUUCAGUCCUGUCCAAAUAAUGCAUGAAUGAAAAGGAAGUGAAACUUAUAAAAAGGGGAUGCGUGCCACUGGGUUAAGCAGUGAGGCACAAACAAUGCACAUGUUUGAAAUGUCACUGUAGUGAAGUCAGUGAACAAAUGAACGAAGUCACUGAAUGAUUUCCAAACACCAGGCAGGUGCAUUAACAUAACACUUAUAACGUACCUUUCUCUGUAUGUGUUUGCUGGUUGGUUGAGGGCAGAUGAUGCAGAAACAACACAUCGCUAGUGCAUUGAUUGCUCUUAGUCCAGGAUUACAGAUAUCACUGAGUAAAGUCGUCAAGGGCAUAGUCACAGACUGGCUAUCUAGUCAGCCAUCUCUAGCGCUAGAGAGCGAUUGGUUGAGCCCUGUCAGUACGUAAAAUUUUCAAGUCAGAUUCAUCUGUUCUCCGCUCCAAGCCUCGGUCCUUGAAUGUUGAUAUGGAGCUGUUCCCGGUGUCGUUAGAUUGUGGAAAAGUAUGAUGUGCAAGAAGUAAUGGUGUGUUCCAUACGACAAGUGGAUUAAGAAUGCAAUAAUGACUUUUAAGCUUUCACUCACCCUCUAGGCUUGACAUUUCAUUAGCAUUCAGGCACACACAGAAAGUUUACAUUUGAAAUACAAGCCCACAUAUUAAUGUUUCGUUAACUUUCUAUGAGGCAUCAUAGCGGCGAAAUUUUCCUGUAAUGCAGAAGGAAUGAAGUUAUGUUGAAGUUAUGUAGUAUUACAUACCAAGGAAGUAUUUCCUGUAAUAGUCGACAAGCCUGCACAUUUGACAUAGCUGUCGACUAUCCUGCGGAUUGCUUUUAUUUUCAGUGCUGGCAUGCCCAGGAAUGGUUUUCAGUGUGCAUAUUGAGUAGCCAGCUUUCCCGGUUUUUUUUGUCAAAUAUUUAUCAGAACACAAAGACAUUAAUGUUAAAAAAAGCGCCUUGGGCAUCCAGUUGCAAAGCAGUUCUUCAUGUUGCCCAGAGCUUGGUUGUGAGUAUCUGUCAUCUGGUCCACUUUAAUACAAAUGUGCACACGUCUGUCUAGAGUGAGAGCACACAAUAUCAUUUUUACCUAUGAGCCUUCGAGUGAAUGUCAAGCUGGGUUGAAAAAGCAUUACAUUGCCUCAACAUGAAUGGAACUGAGCACAGCCUGUAGCACUACAUGCGCUCUGGAUGGACAAAAGGCAUUGUCAUACAUUUGCAAACAGUGUCUCAUGCAGCAUGUACUAUAACAGACAAAUGAAAUAAGUUAAAGCUAACUAGAGCACAUCCUUUCAUUUCCCUAUUCACCACUUCAUGCGAUGCUUGCACAAUUUCAGAUGUACAUUUCGUUUAGGUCCUACAGCAUUUUCGGUGACCAGAUACGUGCCAGCACAAUUGAGUUAUUACUCCUAAGAAGUGGCCUACUUUAUAGUUUCCUGUUCAUGUUCCAUUUGUUCAUAUAGUCCAGCGCUUACUGAAUGAAACGCGAUAAUCAAAGCGCACAUCGCUUGGUAAAUUUUGUGACUCUGCUUCAUUUAGAGGGUGACAUUCUACUCAUUGCAAGCUCGAGGUGAGAGGCAUGAGAGCGAGUGAUUGGUGCAUUUUUCACCAUCUUCAUAACUACACACAUGGUUCAGAAGCAUAUACAAAGCUGUCCACUCCCAGGAAAAAUACCUCACUACUAUUCAGACUUAUCCUUCAUUGAUCAAAUCAUAACAGCUUUUUUUUUUUCUGGUUAAGGAAAUUCUGUAGUUACUACAUUCAAUUAAAUAUUGUGUUUGUUUGUUCUCCAUUUAAUAGAUAAUCCAGUAUGCUUCACAGCACAAAAAAUAUGGAAGUCAAGCACCUACAUUCUGUUUCAUUUGUCUGCAACUAUACAGAAAAUGAACUCUGAAGUGAUGCAAGACUUAGUCAUACUUGUGCAAAUUGCUCAUCGCUGAAUCAUUUUGUCAUCUUGCACAUCGUUGCUUGCUUGCUGUGAUCCACGUUGCGCAAGGAAUGUCACAGACAGAAGACAUCGAGGUACAGUGCACACCGUUUGUCAUGUAAUGCCCCCUUGGCAGGAUUCGCUGCAUUGUGUGUUGUUGGAUGACUGACGUAGAUUGUGCCAGCCUGCUCGGAUUACCCAGUGAAUACUGCCGAAAUGAGAACUCUUCACGUGGACUCUGCAGAGUGUCUUGAGAUACUGUCUUCGUGACACGGCGUAACAUGAAAUGUGCUUGCUACCCGGUGCAUUACUCUUUGGUACAGUACCCUGUUAAUGUCUCGGUGAGUCUGUAUACUGUCACUGUUGGACAGAAGUACAGAACACUGGAGACAUAUGUGGCAGUAGGGCCGGUAGCGCCCCCUUGUGAUGCUUUGUUCAACCACAGUGCAUAAGAAACAUUGCUGUGUUCCACGAACGUUCUCACUAAAGGAAAAUAAGAAGGACAGCCACAAAGUGUACAUCAAUGAUUAUACUGCUGGCAAGGAAUUUGUAGCAGCAGCUAUGUAGCUUGUAAUCUGCCACUGCAGUAACAAUUCUAUGCACUGCAGUUGAACUAAGUGCCACAAGAUGGCACUGCCAGCACAGCUGCCCUAUUUUUCAAGGGCUUUAAGCUGCCCAUGUCUGUGUAUCCAGCAGUUCGAUAAUCUGUAAAUGGUAAUACGUAUAUUGACAGGGUUAAACUCUCUAAUGUCAGGAUGCGAUAAAGUCGAUAGUUGCAUCACAGGUGUCAUGUGCAGUCUACAGAUGGCUACAUGCCAUUGAGUUUUUUAAAAAAACCACUAGAGGGAACUUGGCACUAGUGUCUAUGGGAGCUACAAGCAUUGAGGUUCGGCCAGCACGGGAACGAUUGGUAGUUACAUGGAUCUGGAAAAAAAUUGUCGCUUCGACUUCAAACUGGUUUACGACUUCUAAAAUUUAUCGUUUUCAGCAAGAUAUUGCAUUAUAAAUGCUACAAUUUGCAGCGAUUGUGAUUGUGCACAAAAAAAUUAUUGCCUUCACGUAUUUGGAAAAAUAUGAUUGCUUGGAAACGUGGAAAGAUAAACUGUGAUAAGGCCACAACAAUAUCUGAAGCUACAAGCACAAUGAUUAGACGAGUCCAUGUACUGCAGUUAUGCCCGUUGAUUAUUCCCAUGGAAUUAUUCACACAAGCCACGUCGGUCACCUUGCUCGCCGGAACUGCCAGUAAGCAACCAAUAGGGCUCGUUUAGAUGAGCUUUGGUACUUUGUGCAAGAAUCAUCAGCAGUUUUAAAAAAGCAACUGCAGAAAAUUUAUGCCAUGGGCUGUUUGUGAUGCAAAAAACUAGGUGAUCCUACAGCAGGGUUGCAUAGCUGCAUUUGAUGGUCUACCUUGCCCUUUGUCGCACAAACUAGUGUUGUAAGCCGGCAAUUUUUUUUUUUUUUCGUUCCCUCAAGUGCUUUGCUGGUUUCAGGGCAUUUGUUUUAUGUUGUUUCUAUGGGUGUUGGGGAAUGCGUUAUUUAUAAUCACAACUGCUCCCUUGUUGGUGGAAUAACGGGUCAUCAAGACUUACAAGUAUUUUAGAAAUAUUUUUUUUUUCUUUUCCAUUUCUUUUUCCAAGGCAGAGGAAUUGAAAUUGUGAUAUGACUGCUUUGUAUGAGGCCUGCUUCCUCGAGACACACGUAACGAGAACCGCCAUCACAGCAAUAAAAGAGAGAAAAAAAAAAGGAAAACAAAGCAUCACAAAAAUGCAAACACUAACUGUAAAAGCAAAUGAUAUUAAAGAUGCUGAAACAAUUGU